CGUCGCCAUUCGGGCAGACAGCUAUAUUAUUGUGAAGAUGAUGUCUGCUGUGGCCGAGAUUCCUGUUCCUCUCCAUGAUAACUACUCCUUGUGCGAGAAAAGGUAGAUUAUAUACACAGUCGUUACUUAUCUCUAAAUUUGACUGCGGUCUCCGGCAUUCAGUGGUGGAACUUGAGUCAGGGCGACUGUCGUACGAAAGCAGCUCAGGGCGAACAUUGCUGAAGAAUAGACCUCAUACCUUACCAUUAUGUUGGCCGAAGAUAAACUCGAUGUCCCGCUGGCAAGCGGCGCGAACAUCUCCGUGACGUCGCUUCAGAAUUCUACUUCGGUGGAGGUGAAUGGCGCAACUACAACGACCACACCGCCGAUCACUUCAUCUCAGUCCGAAGAAUACCAGCACCGACUCGCGGACAUUAGUGCGCGGGCCACCGUUGAGGACGCGUUGAACGUUCUCUUUCAGCAGGACAAGACGGGCGACUCGGUGCCCAUUACAGCGGACUUACUGUACAACGCCGUGCUAGCGCGCAUCCAGGCCAAAGUGGGAGCCGGGGCCAGUGUGGUCGAGGCUGGUGGGUUCGCGGCGGUCGUGUGCUGGGAACCACCGGAGGCGACGGCGAAGCAAUCUUGGCACUCGGAUGAGGAGAUUGAUGAGAUCGCUCUGAAGCGUCCGAUCUUUGCGCAAUUCUUGCGAGAUAUGCAGGACUGUAAGGUGCGGAUAUUGGGUGAGCCUAGUAAGGGGCAGAAGUACUGGAAUAUGUCGCUUAUGGCGCGCGAUCCGUUAAGGAAGGAUAAAGGCGCGGUUAGGGCUGUGAUUGAGCCUUAUGUCGCUAGGGCCAAAAAGGAGGGCUUACCGAUCUGGCUGGUUGCCGCGAACGAGCGGGCGAGAGAUGUUUACCAGUAUUUCGGGUUCAGCGUCGUUGGGAUUGUGUGGUCGUAUCCUAAGGGCAGGGUGGAGGGUGAUGGACAAAAGGGCGUGCCGACGUGGUGUAUGGUGUGUAACUGGCCCGUGGAGGAGGUCUAGAUGUGCUGUAUCAACGGUGUUUCAUAGAAUGGGCUGUAUAGACCAAGACAUUUAUAGGUGGUCCGAAAGAAGUGCAUCGUUUGGAAGAGGUGUCAAAAACACAA